AUGAAGCACACAAGCAUCUCGACGAUAUACGCGACGGCGGAGCUGGCGGAAAAGUCGUCCAACUACUGCGAGGCGCACUCGCUGGCGCUGCCGCGGCACAUCACCGACUACCACGCGAGCGUGUGGGCGCGGCGCGACGACUCGCUGAUGAUGAGCAGCAACCAACAGUCGCAGCUGCACAUCUUCCUGGCCAGGGCGUUUGGGGUCAAGCGAGUCAUCGAUGUCGGCGUCUUUGUCGGCUACUCGGCCAUGGUGUGGUCCCACGCCGUCGGGCCCGAUGGCCUCGUCACGGGCCUGGAGAUUUCGCCCGAGUUUGCGCGCGAGGCGGGCGAGGCGUUUGCGGCCAACGGCAUCAACAACAUUGAGACGAUCGUGGGCGACGCCUCGGAGACCCUCCCGAAGCUCGCCUCGGACACGCCCUACGACGCCGUGUUCCUCGACGCCGACAAGCCCGGGUACGGGGGCUACAUGGAGCAGCUGCUGGACGGGUCGCAGCCGGGGGCGGCGCGGCGGCUGCUACGGCCCGGGCGCCCAUCGUGGCGGACAACGUGCUGCGGUGGGGCCACAUCCCGGCGCCGGGGCUGA